AUGGCACAAAAUAAUAACAAAGAAGAAAAAUUGGGAAAAGUUGGAUCAGCGAAUUCGGGAGGAUUGUUGAAAGAUUUAAUGGAUAUGACAUUAAGAAAAAAACAACAACAACAAGGAAAGAAUUUAGGAUCAAAAAAAGGUUCGAAAAGAGGAAAAAAGAGUCGAAUGGUGAGUUGAGGAAUACUGUAGGAUAGUUAUUUGAAAAAAAUAUAUUUUUUUAGGAUGGAAGUGAUAAAAAAGAUUUGACUAAAAGACAUAAUAAGCAGCCAUGUAAAAUUGGAGCAAUCGAAGAUGAGGAAAAAGAAAUUUUCGAAAAUGUUGCUGAUGUUAGUUUAUUUUCAAAUUUUUGGUGUUUUUAGAAUUAGAAUCGAGCCACCAAAAAUCUCAGAUUUUAUUUCAUUUUUAAUCAGAAUUUCAAUAUUACUACGACUUUCCUGGCAACUGGACUCAAUUUGAGUAUAUAUUUGGUCCAUUAAACCCGCCUCGAUUUUUGAUUCUAAUUCGAAAAAUCCCCAUUAUUUUUUCAGUCGAACCCAGUUUUCUCAAAAAAUCUAUUGCGACCUGGAAAAAUGAAAUGGAAAGGAGAUGAUGAAAAAGAACAGGAAACAAUGAGAAAGAAAAAAGAUGAAUCUGAUCAAACUGAAAUUAAAAAUAAGGUUUGUGGUUUUUUUUAAAUAUGAACUUUGUUUAACAAUUUGUGAUUUCUUAGAAAAAGAAUGAUUCGAAAACAGGCGAUCUUUUAGUGAAAAUUGAGAAAUUGGAAAAGGAAAAUGAAGAUUUAAAGAAGAAAUUGAAAGAUGUUCAAACUGUUCUGAAAAAUCGUAAGCCAGAAGAAGGAAAUCACGAAUUAAAAGAAGUGGUAUGUUCAAAAUGCAAAUCAAGUACAAAAACGAAUGAAUCUGAAAAAAGUGAAGAAGAAAAUGUGAAAACAGCGAAAAGAACAAUUAAUCAAAGUAUCAGUAAAAAGGUUCGUCAAAUGAGAUCAGUUAAACUAUAUUAGAUGCGCAAGCGAAAAUAUAAAUUAUUUAUCAGAAAAAUAGUUUUGACUGGUCACGAAGACGAAUUUUUCACUGAUACUGUAACUUUCCGAUUUGAUUUUGUUUUUUCAGCCGGAUGAACAUCACAAAUUAGCUGUCGGUGUUCUAACAAUUAUGAAGAAGAAUCAAGUUUUGGAUGCAGUUUUAGACUUUAAAUCGAACAAACUUCUUUUCUCAUUUUUUCGCGAAUCAAACAGUGGAGAUAAACCAAGUGAAGAAAUUGCAAAUCUUGUUGAAUUAGCAAUGUCUCGAGGUUUGAAAUAUCUGAUUAACUGUUGUGAUCAAAUUGAUGACGUCAUUGAUAAUGAUCUACGAAGUUUUAUUUGUUCCCCUGUAGCAAAGAAGAUAUUAUUAAAAGCCUUGUUUGAAAAUCCUGAAUUGGUUCCAGAUAUGUGGGGAGGUGGUCCGAUAUUGAUAAAAAAGAGAAAAGAUGAGACACAUCGAAAUGAAAAUUAA